UUCCAGAAGACCCGGAUAGUGCGUCACGGCCACGCUGAACCGGCUCUGGGCUUUCCGGACGCCGGGUUCCCUCAUUUUCUUCUGUUGGGUCAGCUAUGGCGGCCGUGAAGACCCUGAAUCCCAAGGCUGAGGUGGCCCGAGCCCAGGCGGCGUUGGCGGUCAACAUCAGCGCGGCCCGGGGGCUGCAGGACGUGCUGAGGACCAACUUGGGGCCUAAGGGCACCAUGAAGAUGCUUGUUUCUGGUGCUGGAGACAUCAAGCUCACUAAAGAUGGAAAUGUGCUGCUUCAUGAAAUGCAAAUUCAACACCCAACGGCCUCCUUAAUAGCCAAAGUAGCAACAGCCCAGGAUGACAUAACUGGUGAUGGUACCACUUCCAAUGUCCUAAUUAUUGGAGAGCUCCUGAAGCAGGCGGAUCUCUACAUUUCUGAAGGUCUUCAUCCCAGAAUAAUUACGGAAGGAUUUGAAGCUGCAAAGGAAAAGGCACUUCAGUUUUUGGAACAAGUCAAAGUAAGCAAAGAGAUGGACAGGGAAACACUUAUAGACGUGGCCAGAACAUCUCUACGUACUAAAGUUCAUGCUGAACUUGCUGAUGUCUUAACAGAGGCUGUAGUGGACUCCAUUUUAGCCAUUAAAAAACAAGAUGAACCUAUUGAUCUCUUCAUGGUUGAGAUCAUGGAGAUGAAACAUAAAUCUGAAACCGAUACAAGCUUGAUCAGAGGUCUUGUUUUGGAUCAUGGGGCACGGCAUCCUGAUAUGAAAAAGAGAGUAGAAGAUGUGUACAUCCUCACAUGCAACGUGUCAUUAGAAUAUGAAAAAACAGAAGUGAAUUCUGGCUUUUUUUACAAGAGUGCAGAGGAGAGAGAGAAACUAGUGAAAGCUGAAAGAAAAUUCAUUGAAGACAGAGUUAAAAAAAUAAUAGACCUGAAAAAGAAAGUCUGUGGUGAUUCAGAUAAAGGAUUUGUUGUUAUUAAUCAAAAGGGAAUUGACCCCUUUUCCUUAGAUGCUCUUGCAAAAGAAGGCAUAGUAGCUCUGCGCAGAGCUAAAAGGAGAAAUAUGGAAAGGCUGACUCUUGCUUGUGGUGGGGUAGCCCUAAAUUCUCUUGAUGACCUAAAUCCUGACUGUUUGGGACAUGCAGGACUUGUCUAUGAAUAUACAUUGGGAGAAGAGAAGUUCACCUUUAUUGAGAACUGUAACAAUCCUCGCUCGGUCACAUUAUUGAUCAAAGGACCAAAUAAGCACACACUCACUCAAAUCAAAGAUGCAAUAAGAGAUGGCUUGAGGGCUGUUAAAAAUGCUAUUGAUGAUGGCUGUGUAGUUCCAGGUGCUGGUGCAGUGGAAGUGGCAAUGGCAGAAGCCCUGAUUAAAUACAAGCCCAGUGUAAAGGGCAGGGCCCAGCUUGGAGUUCAAGCAUUUGCUGAUGCAUUGCUCAUUAUUCCCAAGGUUCUUGCUCAGAACUCUGGUUUUGACCUUCAGGAAACACUAGUUAAAGUUAAAGCAGAGCAUUCAGAAUCAGGUCAACUUGUGGGUGUAGACUUGAACACAGGUGAGCCAAUGGUAGCAGCAGAAGUAGGCGUAUGGGAUAACUAUUGUGUAAAGAAACAGCUUCUUCAUUCCUGCACUGUGAUUGCCACCAACAUUCUUCUGGUUGAUGAGAUCAUGAGAGCUGGAAUGUCUUCUCUCAAAGGUUGAAUUGAAGCUUCCCUUGUAUCAUCUGAAUCAUGAAGAUUCUACAGAGUGAUCCUAAGAAUAUAGCUAUGGAAUUUUUGUCCGAGCUUCAAAUGAUUUUCUUUUCCCAUAUAAAAAAAGGAGAGAACACUGGCAUCUGUUCAGAUUCUGAAGUUCUGAAAUUAUAAUUACAGUAUUUUUUAAAUUGCACUGUAGUGUACACAUACAGGCCAUACUUACCAAUAAACAGGAUGUUUUGCUUUAGCUUCAGUGAUAAAAAUACAUGUUAGAUAAGCAUAUUAUCUACUGUAUUAAAUAUUCCUUGAAAAACAUUUUAAUGGUUUAAUAAUUCUUCUAAUGAAUGUAUUUUAUCUCCAAUAGUUCCCCAUCAUUAAGCAUUUAAGUUUUCAAUUUUUAUGCUAGUUAUAAAUAAGACUUAAGUAACUUAAGGUUUUGAAAGCAUUCCUGCUUCCUUAGUAUAAAUCCUUUUGAGCAGGGGUCCCCCCAGCCCCUGGGCGGAGGACCAGUACUGUUUAGUGGCCUGUUAGGAACCAGGCUGCACAGCAGGUGAGCAGGGAGCAAGCAAGCAAAGCUGCAUUUGCUGCCCCCCAUCGCUUGCAUGACUGCCUGAACCAUCCCCCGCCCCCCUCGAAAAACUGUCUUCCACGAAACCAGUCCUGGUGCCAAAAAGGUUGGGGACAGCUGCUUUUGAGUAAAAAAAAACUUGGAUAAAUUGGACUCUUCAUGCUUUUGAAGUAGCUUUGCUAAACUGCUUCCCAGAAAUGUUACGUUGUAGUGAGUAGAAAGAUGGAAAUAGAGUCAAGGGAGUUGAAAGAGCUGCAAGUCUAAAGUGGCAAAAUAGGAAAGGCAGAGGUUAAAUACAUGGCUGAAGGCGUGGUGACUGAGGACCAGGUGAGGUAAGAGAUUUUCAGGCAAGACGGUAUUUUUGCACCUCGGAACCUUGCUUAGGCUGAUGUCCCUCCCAAACCCUCUAGUGUCCUACUUUUCUCACCCAAAUUACUGUUCUCCUACAUGUUGCCACAAAAUAAAGUAGGUAUAUUUGAAGACCCUGAAAGGGAAGUUGUGUUACUAAGCUUUGCGUUUGGAGGACUAAGCAGUUAACCUACAGUGAG